AUGAGUCGAAUGUUUCUCACUCCAAAGCUGGCAUUCAACAAACCAACUCGUGAGGGCUUCAGCAAGGAUACCUCAACCACGCUGCACGGCUCAGCCACAAACCCCGGUGUCUUGAGCUAUGUUCUGCUGUUCCAAGAUGCCCAUCCAUGUUGGGCACAAGAUGGCAUCAUCUUCGUCAAAUCUAACCUUGAUCUACUGCCUGCUGAAGUUUACGGCGGCCUUGUAUCCUCCAGCAGAAAUGACUCCAACAGGGCUGAGAAUUUGAAGGCCAGUGUUACUCCCACCGAGGCUAGCGGUAACGCGCUCAUUGCAAUCUUCACCCAAAUUGGCUGCGGCAAGGUUUCAAGUUCGAUGGCUGGUAUCGUGUCUCGGGAGUGGAGUUGCUACAACCACAUACGAAUGAACUUGAAAUAUUUUCGUGAAGGAUUGAAGAAGCUAUGGGCAGUGGUCAAGUUCGAAAAGGACAUGCAACCGAACAAUGAACGCGGAGCCCCAAAUGUCUCCAAGCUAAGCGUCAUUGACAUGUUGAAGCUGCUGAGAUUGGGAGACGAGAAGUCAAAGAAGGAGACCUCCACGACGGCAAAAGAUGCUCAGGAUAGGUUGAAGGCUACCCGGGACAUGCUGAAAGAGGCCGAGGAUAUUUUGAAAGCUGAACAGGACAUGCUGAAGGAUACGCAGGGCAUGGUUGAAGAUAUCGGUCAAGUGUUCAAGAAUAAUGUGAGCGACAGAUUUGAAGCAGUGCAAGCGUCUUAA